UGCGCUUUGUUUUGUAGCGCCGUGACGUCACAUGUGCGACGCAGGAAGUGGUAGCGUAUCAAAACAAACAGGACGCGCUGCUGGAUAAUGCGAAAUAUUCCCAAAAAUGGGGGUAAAGGGUCUCCAAUAUUUCAUGGAGCGUUGCUGUCCAGAAUCCUGCGUGACUGUCAACCUGAGAGAGCUGGCCAGACAACAUGUUUCCAAAACAACCAACACCUCUUCCAGUCCCACACUGGUUGUGGAUGGCAUGGGCUGCCUGCGCCACUGGUACUUGUGCAAAAACUGGGUAUGUGGGGGUCAGUGGAAGGAGUACAUGAGCAUCCUUCAGAGAUGGGUGGAGACGUUCACCUCUGCAGGAAUCCAUCUUGUCUUCUUCUUCGAUGGCAUGGUUGAGGAGAAGAAAAGACAUGAGUGGGUGAAGCGGCGACGAAGAGUGAAUGGGGAGGUGUCUCAAAUAUUCCGUUACAUUAAAUCAAAUGGAGUGCAACCAGGCAAAGAUCUUUUCAGUCUGCCCUCUGGCUUGGCAACAUUCACACGUUUUGCCCUCAGGUCAUUAGGCCAGGAUGUAUUUUGCUCAGUGCAGGAGGCUGACUAUGAGAUUGCCUGUUAUGCCCGUCGACAUGGUUGCAUGGGCAUUUUGGGACAGGACUCAGAUUUCAUCAUAUUUGACAGCGUUCCUUACUUAUCAGUGGCAAAACUGCACUUAGGCCGCCUCACCACUGUCCUAUAUGACCGAGAGAUGCUUUGCCGAGCCAUUGGACUGAAUGUUUCUCAGUUACCGCUACUGGCUUGUCUCCUCGGUAAUGACGUGGUGCCGGAGGAGCGUAUGCAGACGAUCAGGAAUGAUGCGAUGGCAGCAUACAGGAAGCCACAUGGCACAGCCCUCUGCGGUGCUCCUCAGGGGCAGAUGGUGUUGGCUGUAUCCCAGUUUGUCAGCUCUUUGUGGGGCAAGGAGGAGGAAGAGACUCAUCUUAUCCCUCAGACUCUGAAACUACCAGCUGCAGACAGAAAGCUCUUGGAAAAAGGAAUUUGCUCCUAUUUACUGGCUGGGCCGGAAGUUCCUCAGCAGAAUGCCCCACCUCUUAUUACCUUUGAGAAAUAUGUCAGUCCAGAAAUAUUAAAGGCUUGUCGAGAAAAACAUGUAUCGGCUGAGGGGUUUAUGGUUUACAAUGUCCUGUGCGAAGGGGUGAUUGAAUGUAGUAAUAGUCUGGAGGAUGAGGAGGAUCGCGAACUGUUGCCUCAGGCUGUUGUCUUCAAGUCCUCCAGACAACGCAUCUACGGUUUGCUCCUGCUCAACAGGCACGAUGACAGCACUGCGGAACCUCCAGCCAUCAGAGAGUGGUUUGUCUAUCCAGGCAACCCUUUGAAGGAGCCCGACAUGGUCCUCCCCGUGCCGAUCUGCAUCCAAUGUGAACGGCCCAAUCUGGACUUGCUGUGGUUUGGUUCUGGUCCCGAUGUUUCCGGCCUUCGUCUAAUGAGCUUUUUGUCGAUAUUUGACUGCCAGGAGUUUGCCGAGUUGUACGGAGUGGUUGAAGACUUUCUUCUGGCUGCUCUUUGCCUGGUCACCUAUAUUGUCCUCCAGGUACCAUCUAUGUGUUCAGAGGACGUGGAUGCUUACCUGAGUCAGGCUGUGUGUCUGAGGCUCAAAUCUCUGCAAGAGCUUCAACAGAUCAAGCCGCCAUUCCUCUGCAGCCGAGCAAUCCAACUGGGCUCUCUCUACGUUCGAGGACUGAGCUACAUGCUGGGAGCCAACUGUGCCAGCGGCUGCCCGCUGACCAACGCCGCCCUCAUGCCUUGGCAAAGCUUCGAUGGACAGUUGUUCCACUCAAAGUACCUACUGGCACAUAGCGGCACUGAGCAAAUGGUGCUGCUGGACAAUCAUCCAUCCAGUCUUGCCUUGUUUCUCCAGCUGAGAGAGAAACACGUCGAAGUUUGCAAGAAGAGAAACAGAGUCCUGCAGUCUCAACCGAAAGUUAGCAUCCUCGAGCAAAGUCAAAGUUCCUGUUACAGAGACGAGCACACAGACGGCGGUGACAACCGCAGGGAGAGGAGCGAGACGUCAUUCAGAGGAUGGAGGAGGGAGAGUGGGUGGCGAAGUGGUGGAAACAGCAGAGCCAAACUACAGGAGAGACCUGCACACGGAGGAAGAGGAGGAGGCCAAUAUUCCUACUUUCAUCCUCCCUCCGUGGAUGAAGGCGCUCGGAACAUCAGGCCAGAACAGACAAGGAGUCGUCGGCGUCCCAGCAGGGGGCGAUACCAGCUGGCUCCCAGAUGGUGUCACCCUCCUGCUCCUGGAACGUAACUCAACCCUGACAGAAAGGAGCAGAGGAUUAGAGUGUAGGACUUGAAGAGUAAAGAGGGUAGGAAAGAGCUGAUGAAAGGAAUGACACAAUCAAGUUUCUCUGAGCAAACUGAUUAGCUGUCAAGAAUGUUUGCCUAAAGGAUGCUGUAUCUGAAAAUAGGAGGAUUACGCAGAAAGAAUUGAGAGAUUAAGGACAUUGAAUUUUGUCAUUUUGGAGAGGUUUUUUUUUUUUGAAGAAGAAGAAGAAGAAACAUGUCCAGUUGCUGCUGUUCAAACUUGUGACUGAAGACAAAAUAGAAAGUGUCAAGAAACAAACCUAGCCCUUUUUUUAAUUUUUGAAUUACAAUUUUUAAAACAAGCACUGAAAAGAGGAUUGGUGUCAAUUUCCAUAUCUAGAAUAUUAUAAUCUAGAAAUACAGUAACUGUAAAAUGUAUCCUUGCAGGUGUGUUACAAAAAUGGGUUUUGCACAAAUGUGACGCUUUGUUCCGUUUGUCGGCAAUGAUUGAUCGGCGUGCUGCUUUUCCGUGAUGGUCGGAACGGAACCCCGUUGUUCUGUACUACAAUAAGGCACACAGAAUAAAACCCCGCCAUGUGAAGU